AGAACAGUUUCCUGUUUGGAGGAAACUCUACUUGUAAGAAGUUGACAUUGAACACAUUCAGCGUUAAAAACAUGGUUUCUCUGUCUUUAAACUCGUUAAAAACAAUCAUGCGGGCGAUGGUGGACACUCCGGGGUUUGAUCGAGUUUUAAGUAAGGUAUGUCACAGUAAAAAAAAAAAUAUUUUACGAGUUACUGUACAAUAAACUACUGUAAGCACCGGAGGUUGCUGCCCAACUCCACCCAUUUACCUCCUUGACAGGCUUGUUGUGCAUGUAAAAAUACCAUUUGAAAAAACUUACAUUUUCUCUCGUUACCUAGGGUGAAUCUCAAUUAUAUUUUCUUGAUUCCUCACUUCCUCCCUCGUGUCCUUUUCAUUGCACAUCUGAGGUUCCUCCAAUGCAUUUUGAGGAGGCAAGUAGAGGAGACAAGGAAAUAUUCAGAUUUACCCCUAGUCUUGCUACUCUGAUAUAUUACAGUGCCGUCUUCUUUAAUUGAUCAAGGGAUAAUGAAUGACUGGUUGUCUGUUCCCCAGGUGGACAUUGUAACAGCCAGCCCAGGGACAGUGGUGUGUGAGUUUAAAGUUGAAGAGGAGCACACCAACCGGGGGGGCACCCUUCACGGGGGUCUAACGGCAACGCUGGUCGACGUCAUCUCCACCACGGCCAUCAUGUACACGGAACGGGGGGCGCCUGGUGUCAGCGUGGACAUGAACAUCACGUGA